AAACGCUUCCUGCUUCUCUCUCUUUGGCGACAACUAACAAGACAGAGGAAAUCAAUACGACCAUGAGUAGUUAUUUUGAUUAAACUGAGGGCAAAUUUCCCCCCGCGGACAGUUUUUUGACUUUACCGUAACGUUUUGUCCCUUGUUUCGCCGUGCGGGAUUAACGACAAGCUGCCGGCUGGCAACUAAAGUGGAUUAUUUAGCUCGAAGCCGAUUGCAGCCAUGAUGGCGUCCAGCUACAACGCUAAGGAAGAAGACGGACACCACUCGGGCGCUACGAGUCACGGCGGCGCGGGGGCUGUGAAAAGUAAAAAGCCGGACAACACAGCGUUCAAACAGCAGAGACUACCGGCCUGGCAGCCCAUCUUGACGGCAGGGACCGUGCUGCCCGCAUUUUUCGUUAUCGGACUCAUCUUUAUCCCCAUCGGCAUCGGCCUGUAUGUCACAUCAAACAACAUCAAAGAGUUCGAGGUCGAUUACACCGGUGUGGACGUGGACAGCCCGUGCUACACCUGUGCCAUGAACUUCAGCUGGAACAACACACUGCCGUGUACCUGCUCUGUGGACUUCACGUUGGAGCAGCCUUUUGAGAGUAAUGUCUUCAUGUACUACGGCUUAUCCAACUUCUAUCAGAACCACAGGCGCUAUGUGAAGUCCAGAGAUGACAGCCAGCUGAAUGGCGAUCGCUCUGCUUUGACGAACCCCAGCAAGGAAUGUGAGCCGUAUCGUACAAGUGAAGGAGUGCCCAUUGCUCCAUGUGGGGCCAUAGCUAACAGCCUUUUUAACGACACGUUGGACCUGUUUCAUAUUGAUUCCAAUGGCAGCAGAAAUGCAAUUAAUCUAGUAAAGAAGGGCAUUGCGUGGUGGACAGAUAAGCACGUGAAGUUCAGGAAUCCUGGUGGAAACAGCAACAUUACUCUAGCUUUCCAAGGCACAGCUAAGCCAGUGAACUGGAGGAAACCAGUGUUUGAGUUGGACCCAUCGGAUCCCGAAAACAACGGCUUUAUCAACGAGGACUUCAUCGUGUGGAUGCGCACGGCUGCGUUGCCCACCUUUCGGAAACUCUACCGCAUCAUCCAGAAGAAGUCCAGCACCACUCCAACUCUACCCAGCGGCAAAUACACCUUGGAAAUCACCUACAAUUACCCCGUGCUCAGCUUUGACGGUCGCAAGCGAAUGAUCCUGAGCACCAUCUCCUGGAUGGGAGGGAAGAACCCCUUCCUCGGCAUCGCCUACAUCACCGUGGGCUCCAUCUGCUUCUUCCUGGGCGUGGUUCUGCUCAUCAUCCACCACAAAUACGACACCCGCAACAACAGCGCAGAUAUUCCAAACUGAGCAGUUUGUGUGUAGCAUUUCUCAGUCUCUGCAUGCACGAGCGACCCAGUGGGGUCUGCUCUGGACUGCUUGCUGAUUUUUUUCGAGCUUGAAUACACUGUAAACGUCUGUCGUGUGAAGGGCAGUUGCAUCUCAUCAUGUCUAUACGUAGAGCAUCUAACGCAUAUCUGUGUGUCCCUGUGAAUAUAACUUCAAAGCUGGUUGCUGAGAAUGUCUUUACCCGUUUCUGAUUUUUUUUUUUUUUUAAAUUGUUUAUUUAUCGAUCCAUUAUCGAAGUACCAGAGUUUUAUUCUAGCAGUGCUUUGCGAAUGGCUUAACUGUUGAAGGAUGUAUGUAUUCUUAAUGUACGUUUUUGUCCAUAUUAUGUACUGUACUAUGUCCUGCUGAUGAAUGUACCAUAAUAGUUCAUUGACAUACCUCUUUUGAGAUUACCUUGAAUAUAGAAUGAGAUAAUCAUUGCUUGCGGUCAUUAUAAUAGGCAUUGAUGUUUAACAGGAAGUAUUUAAUCUCGGAGUAGACGGAGAGUCAUACAAUAUUCAUGGCAAGUAGAACCAAAAGUGUGAUUAUCUACCCUCCACUGUGUCGGGAUUUUUGUUACACUUGACACCAAACCAGUCUUGUUUAAUUACAACAGGAAAACGACCCUAUGCUGGUAUAUCUAGUAUUUGUAAUUCUAAGACUGUGGCCGGUGUCUCUGGCUGAUUUAGAGCACAAGAAUCCUUUGGCCUGAAUGUUAAAUUAUCUUCUUUAAUGUUGACCAAAUGAUAUGCACUUUAAAAGUGUCCCAUCUGUUAGUUUCCCCGCCUUCUGUUCCACCUCCUCUUCUGUUGCUCUAUGAUCCUGGUUUAUUAUUAAUGAAGAGUUUGUUUCAAUUUGAAGUUCUUGGGUUUUUAUAAAGUUUGUAGGGUCCAAUUAAAGAACUUGGUCAAUG